ACUGUGCAGCAUCAGAUUCUUUCUAUGUUGCUACACAACCAGGCUUCAGCUUAAACUUUGCUGUAGUGACCUCUUGUGGUUUAAGACAUGCGUGUCCUGUGGGACAUAAUUAGUGGAUCCAUGCAGAGGCUCCUUUAUUCAUCUCUCGCUUCUCCUGAAUACCUCUCCCCUGUGAGUUGGCACUGACAAAUGUUCUGACAAAGCAUGCAAAGUGCUCCACAUUCCCUGUUUUCUAGUUUUUCCUCUUAAUUCCAUUCAUACUGAAAAUGUAGGCCACAAGCUUUCAGAGGAGCAAAGCAAAGAUAAAAUGUACAUUUAGUUAUUUGUCCGCUUUUUUGUGCGUGUACAAAUAUUGAAACUGUUUAUUAGAUUAAAAAAAAAUCACUUUGAAGAUUAUUUUAUGUUUCUUCCUCUGUAUAGACCCUGUGUCAUACUACAAUCCUCUACAUAUAGCCGUUUUAAGGAACAGGCCAAACAUGGUGAGGCUGCUGGUUGGACAUGGAGCGGACAUUGAAAAGAGGGACAGGAUCCACGAGAGCAGUCCCUUGGACCUUGCGAGUGAAGAGUCAGAGAGACUGCCUUGCCUGAUCACAUUGCUGGACCUUGGUGCUGAUGUAAAUUCAAGGGACAAACAUGGGAAAACGCCUUUGCUCCACGCAUUAGCUAGCAGCGACGGGCUGACCGUGCACAACACAGAGAACAUCCGGCUUUUACUGGAGAGAGGUACUGCUGCUGACUCUUAAAUGGUCUCCGGCUUCUCUGUGUUUGUCUGUUCUCUCUUUGGUUGGUCAAGUGUUAACUCAAACUUCAAAUACUACAAGUGUAAUUAAUCUAAUCUGAUCAAAGCAUUGGAUGUGAGUCUUGAUCAAGGCUUUCUUUAAAUGAUCAGAGCCCUUAAAGAGACUCGGCCUCUGAUGCUUGUCUACUCUCUAGUAUUUUAUGCAUAUAAAAUGUGCCACUUGUUUUUGUUCACAAAAUUGAACUGGAAACCAUCCAUGUUGUUUUGGAUUUCCCUAACAAUUUAGGUGGCUUUGGUUUAUCCCUUCUAUAAUGAUGUAAAUAGUGAUGGAGUGGCUGCUGCAUCUCUUAACUACUGGUGUUGUGUAAAGCUGCACAGAAAGCAGCUAAAUCAAAGGUCAUCAAUUUUUAUGACAUUCAAAGCCAAGCAGAAGAAAAACCGUCUCUGUUUACAAGCCAAAUUAUCAACAAUUCCCAUUAAAACAAAAUGUUAACAUGCUAACAUUAACCCAGCACCACAGCAGAGAGGUUCCAUAUAAGUAACAUUGAACACUGUAAUGUUGGUUAUAUUUUUAGAAACAUAAGGCUGUCCUUCAGAAACUGUUGUGGG